UAUAGAUUAUAGACUACCAUACCAUAGUCCCUUAUUCACUGUUUUGAGAUUUGUUUUCGUGUCUUAUCUUAUACGUUGGAACAACGACAUAAAUAUAUUUUCACAUAUUUACGUUUCGAUGUCCUGAAAAUGACCGAAUACAGCGCAUGGUAUUUUUGAAUUUAGAACAGAAAGAGCAGAAGACAUUUUGUUCCUAUACAGUUCACCUGACUAAGUGAAAAAUGGACCCAUCAAUUUAUUUACCAUACAGUCCACCUUCUCUGCCUCAGGAGUCAAAGUUGAUGACAUAUAUGAACCGGAACAAUGUACAAACACCUACAAGAUCUUUAACUCAGGCAUACAAUAAACUCACAUUGGAGUCUUCUCCACCAUCUUCUAGAAAGGUUUACGUUGGAGAAUGUCUUCCGAUCAAAUACUAUACAUCAGUAGGAAUGCUUCCAGAAUCACCGUCAAGUACACCACCUCACCUAUCUGCUCCGCAAAUCCAUCAGGAAAAUGUUGGUGGUACAACAUAUUUCUAUCCCACAAAUGAUGUGAAUGCGUCUCUCAACACUUCAAGUGGACUUAAUACAUCUAGUUUGAUGGGUGGUUCAGAACAUAACAUGGCUGCCCCCUCCAUGGCAUAUCCACAAAUGUAUGCACCUAUACCUGCAUCACCAAUACAGGGCUUGGGUGAUACCUUUUACAUGCCUGAACGAAUUCGCUCUGAGAUGCAGCAAAUGGCUCAAGACCCCUACACACAACCAAAUGCUCGCCAAUCUCAAAAUUUACCCAAUAGCAUCGAGGAUUAUACAGAACUAUUACCGCUGGAAGAGUUGUCCCCACAUUCAAAUACUACAUCUUUUAGAGCCACUCAUAGGAUCCAUGGUGAUCAUUAUGCUUUGCGUCGUUUGCACUCAUAUGGGACAGUGCCAUCGAAGCGGUUUCAAUUAUGGAAACAGAUUGAUCAUCCUAAUAUCAUACGUCUCAAUCAUUGGUUUACAACAAGAGCAUUUGGGGACCACUCCAUGGUGAUUGUUUAUGAUUAUCACCCAGCAUCGGUUACUCUGAUGCAAAGAUACCUGGAUGGACGGACCCCGGGUAGCAAUGCUGCUGGCAAUGGUUCCUACCAUGAUCCUUUCUCAUCCGAUCCAGAUGCCCCAAGGCCCUAUACACACCAGAAAAAUGCGAUGUUACGAGCUGUAGCUGGUGGCUCACUACUCCCAGAGGCAGUAUUGUGGAGUAUUCUGGUCCAACUAACUGCUGGUUUGCGAGCCAUUCAUGCAGCUGGAUUAGCUUGCAGAACCUUGGAUCCAACUAAAGUUUUGACUAUGGGAUGCAGAAUUCGCAUAGCUUGGUGCGGUGUGGCAGAUGCGUUGCACGCUAAUGAAAUUGAUAUUAAUCAGGCUCAGCAAGACGAUUUGACAGCUUUGGGCAGGCUUACCCUAGCACUCGCAUGUCGCACAAUUCACUGCGACAACCUGCCCUUGUCCAUAGAACUUGUAUCUAGGACAUACUCAGUGGAUCUCAAAAACCUAAUCAUUUAUUUACUGUCUGCUCCGCGUCGCUCCGUUGCAGAUCUCAUGCCAAUGAUUGGAGCUAGGUUCUACACUCAGGUAGAAGCAUUCGAACGACGAACAGAUAUUUUGGAGAGUCAUCUCGCUAGGGAGUUGGAUAAUGGACGCAUGCUCCGUCUGUUGAUGAAAUUAUGUUUUAUUAUUGAACGCCCCGAGUUUAAUAGAGACCAUAAAUGGGCAGAGACAGGAAACAGAUACUUGCUUAAACUAUUCCGUGAUUAUUUAUUCCAUUCGGUCACUACUGAGGGCCGUCCAUGGCUUGAUUUAUCUCAUGUCUCGAACUGUCUCAACCAGCUCGACAGUGGCACUGAGAUUCAGGUGGGUUUGAUGACACGCGAUGAAGGAAGCGUUUUGCUAGUGACCUACGCAGAGUUAAAGCACUGCUUGGAUCAAGCUUUUGCUGAGCUGAUGCAAGUCACCCCUCCCAGCCCAUAGCCUUUUAUGUCAGGGUCAGAUAACUGCUUCGAAUGCAGACAAAUGGCCCCGAUACUUCCCUAUCAGACGUGGUACAUAUAUGGAUAAUUUAUUUGAAAAUUAACAUAAUUUACACGAUGUAUUGUUCAAUGUCGUUUGGACGUUUUAAAAACUGUAUAAUUCAAGUUUAUUCCAAUGAAUUUUUUUAUUUUUCUUAUAUAGUUUAUAGAUUUUAUUUUUUUAAACAGCAUAUAAAAUGUAUUUAACAAGGACGAUAAUAGUCGAUUGGUAUAUUUAAUGCAAUAGAAUAUAAAACUUGAUCUCAUGUGUAGAUUUCAAGAAAUAUAUCUUUUAUUAUAUACAGACGUGUCCGAAUAUAUAGGUGCCGGAACAUUUCCAUAGCCGCCUGAACAAACGCCACAAACAUUCCAUGUUGGUCAAAACCAGAUCAAACAUACAAUGAAGUUUGCAUCAUUUUAUUUAUAUAUUAUUCACAAGUUUUAACAUCUAUAGUUGUAAGUUUUAAUUUGAUUGAUAAAAGUUAAUGUGGUGUAGUAGAACAGUGUUAUUGCAGUUUACUCUUGUAGUCUAACAUUUUAUAUCCCAAGUUUGGAUAAAAUAUUAUCAUAUAUAUGUAGUAGGUAGAUUUUAAAUAUUUUAAAUAAAGGCAUAAAAAAUA